AUGUCUCGCUUCCGCAACGGUGCAAAAUGGACUGUCUGCGGUUGGGCCGUCGUUUUUGUUACGGUUGUCUCCUUUUGGGUUCCUCUAGCUAGGGCAAUGAGCGGGGCCCAGAUUUGGGAGUUGAGAAAGGAGACAGAGCAUAUGUUCUACCACGGUUUCGAAAAUUAUAUGAAGCAUGCAUUCCCUGAGGAUGAAUUGCGACCCGUUUCUUGUCGCCCCUUAACACGCGAUCGUGAAAACCCCGCUCAUGUACAUAUUAAUGAUGUUCUGGGAAAUUACUCCUUAACGCUCGUCGAUAGUUUGUCUACCUUAGCGAUACUCUCUUCCUCCCUAUCUCGAUCGGCCGCCUCGAAUUCAGACUCGGAAAGCUCGCGUAAGGCGUGGAGGUAUUUCCAGGACGGUGUGCGAGAUUUGGUAGAGCUAUAUGGCGAUGGGUCGGAUGGACCAGCUGGUACAGGAUCGAGGGGGAAAGGAUUCGAUUUUGAUAGCAAGGUCCAAGUGUUUGAAACAGUGAUUAGAGGAUUAGGCGGCCUUCUCAGUGCGCAUCUUUUCGCAAUAGGCGAAUUGCCUAUCCGUGGAUAUGAUCCCCCAGAAGACGAAGCUUCCUUUGCGAAAUUAUGGAAUAAAAGUGGACACACUAAAGGCAGCCCCGGGAUUAGAUGGGAAAAUGGCUUCGUCUACAACGGACAACUGCUCCGUCUCGCGAUGGAUCUUGGUGCCCGGAUUUUACCUGCUUUCUAUACUGCAACGGGAAUCCCAUAUCCACGUGUUAAUCUGCGGCAUGGCGUCCCCUUUUACCCCAAUUCCCCUUUCAAUGCAGAUAUAGCACCAGAAACGGCGGCUUGCACUGGUAAAGGCCAAGCGAAAGAAGAGGAGAAGUCUUCUGAAACACCAGAGGUUACAGAAACAUGCAGCGCGGGCGCUGGAAGUUUGGUUCUGGAAUUUACGGUUCUUAGCAGGCUUACCGGCGAUGGGCGUUUUGAAGAAUUUGCCAAAAGGGCGUUUUGGGCUGUUUGGUCCCGCCGAAGUGACAUUGGCCUGAUCGGAGCUGGCAUUGAUCCCGAGUCUGGGAAGUGGGUGAACUCGUACACAGGUAUCGGUGCUGGGAUUGAUAGUUUCUUCGAAUAUGCAUUUAAAUCUCAUAUCUUGUUAUCCGAGGGUGACCGCCCGUCUUUCAACCAGUCGAGCCCGUUUCAUUGGCUUGAUGAUUUUUACUCCCCCCUUAGUGAAGAGCUGCAUUCCUCAGAUGCAUUCCUUAAUGUUUGGCAGGAAUCUCUAGCAUCCAUAAACCACCAUUUAUAUCGCGGUUCCGGCUACCAAUAUCCUCAUUAUAUCCAAGGCGACAUCAUCACCGGAGCUACACGCGCCCUUUGGAUAGAUAGUUUAAGUGCAUAUUUCCCAGGCCUUUUAACUUUGGCUGGAGAUCUGGCUGGGGCCAUCGAGGCUCAUCUGCUACACACCGCCAUUUGGACUCGAUUUUCUGCUUUCCCGGAACGGUGGAAUGUCGGCACAGGGAACAUUGAAAAUGGCCUUGGGUGGUGGGGAGGCCGCCCCGAGUUUGUCGAGUCCACUUAUUACCUGUAUAUGGCCACUAAAGACCCGUGGUAUCACUAUGUUGGAGAGAUGGUAUUGAGGGAUAUCAAGCGGAGAUGCUGGACUAGGUGUGGCUGGGCUGGUCUUCAGGAUGUUCGAGAUGGGCAAUUGAGUGACAGGAUGGAAAGCUUCUUCCUCGGGGAAACGACGAAGUAUCUCUUUCUGCUUUUUAGCCCUUCGCACCCCCUAAAUGAUCUUGAUGCUCCGUUUGUUUUCAAUACCGAAGGCCACCCCCUUAUUAUCCCGAAGUCGACUAGGAACGCCACUAAGGAAAAGGCAAAGCGAGCAGACACGUUUCCUGGUGGUACACAACUUGUCGUUGGAGCAACCUGUGCAGUGCCGGCUCCAACCCCGCCCUUCGGAGCCUCGUCGACCGCUGCGCGGCCCGAUAUUUUCCACGCAGCAAGCCUCGCUAGAUUGCACUUGAUGCCACCUCGUCAACAGGCUGAAUCUCCUAUCAUCGGUUAUACUGUUGAUCAUCCGAGUAUCUCCAUGUCCGACUUAACAUCACCAUCAAACUAUACAUAUUUCCCUUGGACGCUACCACCAGAGGUUAUUCCACCAAAAGCUACCAGUGCACUAAUGACGGUUAGACCAACCGUUGACCUUACAUUUCCGCCAGCUGCCAACAUCAUCCUUGGCCCUGGAUCAUUGGAAAGAGUUCAAGAUGGACUUCUCGUGAAGUCCCUUGGAGGCCUUCGCUUGGGUAUGAUCCAGGAUGUUCCACUAUUGACGGAUCAAUCAUCAGGGUUCGCUGAAGGAUAUCGCGUCCAAGUUAUCAACAACAUUCCACUAGGAAAGGACGAAAAGAUUUAUAUCUCGAAGGAAAUAACGGACGUUCUGAACUCUGAAGACCCAAACUUCACGCGGGUGCAGGAUUCAGCGUUGUUGGAUGUUGUCUUGGACCUCAGAUCGGAGGUAGCCAAUGGAAACGUAUCGUCAAUACUAACAACCUCCACAAAUGGCGAAACCAUUAUAGGUGCACUCGAUGAGCUCCACGCAUCGCUCGACACGUCAACAUUCGACGCAUCAAACAUGAAACUAGCUUUUGCAUCCUUCUUUAACCAGGUCACCUCCCUUCUCCGAGAUGACUCUGACUCACCCACACUGGACUCCCUUUCAUCCCUGAAAUCAGCCAUCCGCGUUUCAGUCCCCGCGACUAUUUCUACCGGCAAGGGCUCGACAUCACUUCCUGAUGUUGAAGAUGCCGUACUUCCUCCGCCCACCGAAGCGAAGUCCAGACAAGCCAAAAAGCUGCUUAACCGCCUUCCAUGGUCUACCAUUUACCUUUCAGAUGAGCUCUGUGACCAUCGGCUUCCUGACGUAGUCCCCAAGACACACCAUGUAAUCGUCAUAAAACGGGGCGGGUGCAGCUUUUCGACGAAAAUCCAAAAUAUACCCUCUUUCCGCCCUACGAGCGAUUCCCUCAAGCUUGUGAUCGUAGUUUCGUACCCCCAGCUGGGCGAUCCCCGACAGGCCUCUUCUUCAACCUCCGGCUCAGGUACACACUCCGAUACCACGUCCCGAAACCCAACGGUAGAUUCAGAGGAGUCAUACCUCAUUCGCCCUUUGCUCGACGAAAUACAAACCGUUGCUGGCGGAAUUCCCCGUCUGAAUCCGAUAAGCUUGAUACUUGUUGCCGGCGGUGAUGAAACAUACAACUACUUCAAGCAUGCUUUGGGUGUGGGUUUUCGAAGGAGAUAUCAGUUUAUUUCGCAGGGUGUGCCGAUUAGUAACCUAGUUGUGGUAUAA